AUGCAAAGACUCAACAUGUAUUCAUCAGACUACCAACAGUUUGGCAAUGACUAUAAAAAUACUCCAUAUCUUCAGGACCCGAAAGCUGUGAGCAAAAUCUCCAAGAGAGGCGCAGGCAGUAAGCACAAGAAUGGGAAAGCCAUGAGCAGGAGAUUAAAAUCUGGGCAUAGCAAUAACCGGCCUCAUUUUAAUGUCUACAGCACUGGAACUAGCUUCAUCGAUCCAGCACAUCCUCAACAUCGUAAGAAAACUCAGAAUAGAGGGAAGUCAUUUAAAAAUAGAGAACGAGGGAAGGAGAAACCUUAUACUGCUCAAAAUAAGAAAAGAAGGUCUUAUUUGAAUGAAAACACAAGCGAUGGAAAUAUUAAAGAAUCCUAUAUAGCCAAUAUCAAACAAAAUCUUGAAAAAGAGAAAGACAGAGAAGACAUUAAUGCAAGCACAAUCUCUGAAAUGGCCGCUGCCAAAGGUUCCCUGCCUAGUGUUGAUCAUGAGGAAUCCAAACGAAAAAUAGACAAUUUGAUGUUCCGCCCUUACGAUGAAAAUUCUGGUCAUGUGUCUAUGAAAAACAAGAACUUACCACUGAACGCUAGAGAGCCUGAAGCUCCAAAUUCGAGCGUCAAAGAUGGGACUACUUUUGAUAAUAGGAAAACUACAGAUAAGAAUAAGCUGAUCUGAAAGAAAAAUAGAGGGAAGGGAAAGCCUAUGCCAAACCAGAGCAUGAGGAAUCUCAACAAGAAUGAUGAGGUCCUGCCAAUCUAUAAAAGGAGAGCAUAUAACAAAGGCCCUAUUAAGAUUGGAGAUACAGGUUACAUGAAAAGGCCUCUUAAAACUCAUUAUUCUUCUAAACGGCAAAAUAACUGGGUUCAUGAGCAAAUGAACAUCUCAGGGGAUGAAAAUACAAACGAGCUUAAUCAGCAUAAGCCUAUUCGGGCUAGAGUUUUAAAAGCUGAAAGACAACGAAGUGAUUUUAGGAUUAAUAGGACCAAAACUAAGCCUAGAGGAAGGACAGCCCAAGGCCCAAGAAACCAAGGGAAUAAUUCAAUGGUUGGUCCUAAUCCUUCUGGUCACAAAAAUCCCUCAUCAACAUUGCAGACUAAGGAUAAUGUGCCUAAUAUGAAGCCUAAGAGGUCUCAAAACUUAAACAAAAGAGCAUAUAGUCAAAACCAGGAAAACAAAUAAAAGCUCUGAAAAGAAGCCGAAGAGGGUAGAAAAUGGGCAAACUGAUCUGAAUGAUCAGCAAGAUGGUGAAUAUAACUCGUAUUCUCCAUCGAAAAGUCUAGCAGUUAAACAGAAGAAAGACAGAGAUUUUGCACACAAAAGCACAACCAAUGGAGACGAUGUAGAGUCGAUGAUCAGGAUGGCAGAAGCCAAAAUGAAAGCAACAGCCGAAGCUAUGGUUAAUAUCCAUAUGGCCGAUGAAGAACUAGACAAGAAAAUAGAAUCCCUUAAUGACUUUGAAUCUAGCCAUGAUAAUUUUCAGCAUGAAGAUGGGGAUUAUCAAGGGCAUAUAGGAGAUAAGAGUACUGAAGGAAUGACCAGACAAGAGAAAAUAGCAAAUAUAGUAAAUGACCUGGUAGCCAAAAAUGCAGAUUUGGAUAUCCCUGAAGAUAUUACUGAAUCAGACAGUGACCAUCAAAAUCUCUGACAAGAACAAAAUUCAGAAGCCCAAGAUACUCUUCUAGGUUUCUCUGAUACAAACCUCGAUUGUAUUAAAGAACAAGUCACAGAAGAGAUUCAUGUAACAUCUAGAGAUGAUUCUAGAGAGAACUCUCAACAACAGGAGAAGACAUCAAUGAUAUUUGAAAAACAGCAGAAUGACACAAAGGAUCACAAAGUGCAUGAAACUCCAGCUUUUGGACACAAAGAUCCUUUCUCAAACUUCUUGUGUAGUAACGAGGUUGCUACUCCUCAAAAGGAGGUACUCCUAGUAAAGAAAGAUCCUGAAAUGCAGAUCUUCAAAGAGAAUGCAUCCAAAAAGAUCUCACCAGAAUUCGAUCAUGAUUAUGAUAUAAAUAAGUUAAUAAAACUCCAAUCAUUGUUCAGACAGAUUCUUGCUCAAAGGAAGCUGAAGGAGAUGAAACAGAGGAGCAAUAUAAUUCAGCAGCAGAGGUCGCUCACUAGCAACAAGAGGAAGAUUAUAGCUCUCCGUUCUAUUACUCGUGUCUGGCUGUUGUACAAAGAAGCUAAAAUAGCAGCAGAGAAAUGAACAUAUUUGGAUGAGAAUGCUAAGAGCGGUCUUGAAGAGCCUUAUCAUUAUUACUGAGAUACUAUGAAUGAUCUCAAAUACAUAGAAGUCCAGUUCAGACAGAGGAUCUUCAAAAGAGCUAGGGAGUACCUUAAAACAAUUCCUUACGAAUGAAGACAGAGUUAUGUUAAGCUUAUUGACUGAAAAAUCUACCAAAGAGAAAUGAAUAAUAAACUAAAAGUUAUGCAAAAGGUCGCUGAGGCUAAAAAGAAGCAGCUAUAUUACUAA